UCGUUAUUCGUUCAGUUUUCAAUCUAUCAUGGUUGCUGUUUCCGAAAGCGACGCCCCUCCACCGCACAAUGACCACUUUAUCGCGGUCCACACCCCCAAGGUGAGCGCUGCCAGCAAGAAAAUGCUUGUCGACGUGCCCAAGAUGGGACUCACGUGGAACAUCGAGUCGGUCACGGUCGAGAUCCAGAAAAGCCGCAAGGAGAAAUUCACCAAGACGAUCCUAAAGGACGUCAAGGGCGAAGCGCUGCCGGGUCAAAUGAUUGUCAUCAUGGGGCCGUCCGGCGCCGGCAAGUCGUCGCUCCUCGACGUCAUCGCGGGUCGAAACCCGAAAUAUCAAGGCUCCGUGCUUGUCAAUGGCCAGCCGUGGAAUCAGAGCAUGAACCGUCGCGCUUGCUACGUCAUGCAAGACGACAUCUUUUACCACACGCUGACGGUGAAGGAACAUUUGACAUUUCAAGCCGACUUACGCAUGGGCAGUGCGUCGUCACCGGCCGAGCGGGCGGAGCGCGUUUCGUUCGUCAUUGACGAGCUCGGCCUGAAAAAGAGCCAAGACACGCCGAUCGGGAACGAAGCGAACCGCGGUAUCUCGGGCGGCGAGCGCAAGCGUCUCAGUUUUGCGACCGAACUUCUCACCAACCCGUCGCUCUUGUUUGUCGACGAACCGACGUCGGGUCUCGACAGCUUCAUGGCCGAGUCGGUCAUUCUGCAGCUGCAAAAGCUCGCACAAGAAGGCCGCACGGUCCUCGCGACGAUCCACCAGCCGUCGUCGGAGAUUUUCGCGCUCUUUGAUCGUCUCUACCUCCUCUCGAACGGUCGCACCGUCUACAGCGGGAAAGCGUCCGAGUCGGUUGCGUACUUUGCCUCGAUUGGCUACCAAUGUCCGACGUAUAUGAACCCGACCGACUACUUUAUGCGGCAAAUCAUCAUUCUGGACCUGGAGAGCCCCGAUGCGGUGCGGGUGGCUGCGAUUGCGGAUGCGUGGGCGGCCCAGGCGGUUGCACCGACGGUGCCCAGUGACGCGCGGGCACUCGAUGCGAGCAUGGAAGAGUACAAGGAGACGCGACUGGGUCUUGUCGGGCAGCUUCGCGUUCUUUGCCAGCGCAACUUGCUCCGAAUCGUGCGCGACAAGAUCGCGUUCAAAGCCCGCUGCUUCCAGAGCCUCUUCAUCUCGAUCAUUGUGGGCCUCGUGUACCUCAACCUGACCAUGUCGCAAACGGGGCUCCAGAGUUUCUCGGGUGUCCUCUUCUUCAUUUCGAUCAACCAAGUGUUUUCCAGCGCCAACUCGGAGUUCAUUUCCGUGCCGUUGGAGCUGCCCAUUAUGCUUCGCGAGUGGAACGCGGCCCUGUACCGGUCGAGCACGUGGUACUUUGCCAAGAACAUUUCCGAGGUCAUCUUCCAAGUCUUCUUCCCGAUGCUCUUCUUGAUCCCGCUCUACUUUAUGAUUGGGUUUGGUCCGACGAACGCGACGGUCUUCUUUAGCUUUUACAUGUACCUCGUGCUUCUCAACAGCUGCGCGACGGGGCUCGGCUACAUGGUGUCGUGCAUGGUGCGCCGCGCCGACAUUGCGCCCGUCAUCGGCAUCGUCAUCAUCCUCCCGCUCGUGCUUUUUGGCGGCCUCUUUCUGAACGCGAGCAACACGCCCGACUACUUUAUCUGGCUCGAGUACAUCUCGCCACUCAAGUACGCCUACCGAGGCCUCAGCCGUGCGUUCUGGAAUUCUGUCGACACGAUUCCUUGCGACUCGAACCGCUGCAUUGCAACCUCUGGCGCCCAAGUGCUCAGCAACAUGUCGCUCAACGACGCUAGCUUUACCAUCGACGCGAUCGUUCUCGUCGCCAUCAAUCUCGGCUUUCGGCUCAUCGGUCUUUUCUUUCUCUCGCGCAUGGUGCGCUCCAAGUAAAUGGCAAGUCGAUAAAAAAGGAAAGAUCGAGCUAUAAUACAUGUCGAACAUUGUGUUGACGCUGUUUCAAGG